AUGGUGACCAGCCGGUGGUGGGGCAAUAAAAGAGUGGACUAUGUUCUGUAUUGCCCUGAGGACCUCCAUACAUUUCCAAUGUCCGCCCUUCCACAUCUCUUCCAUGCCAGUUUCUGGGAAUCUUCUGAUGUCACUUCCUUUAUCCUUCGUCAGGUGCUGCGGUACGAUUCAUCACUGUGUGAGCACAUAGGUGAUGAUUUAGAUCUACAGUCCAGUCUGAUUGGGAAGUCUGCACGUGAAAAAUGGCUAAAACGCGCAACAACCAUAAAGGUCAAGAAUUCAUAUCCAAAUCACAGGGGAAAUGAUGUCAUGGUGCUGGAGGAUAAACCACAAGUUAUCACGGCAAGGUUCAUGUACGGGCCAUGGGAUAUCACGUCAUUGUCAGGCGAGAAAGUUGAUGUUCAUGUGAUGGACCAACUCAACGGAGAAUGGCAGUACAUGGGAACUGAUGUAACAGAUAAAAAUGGAAAACUUCAGUUUACAAUUCCAGCCAGUAAAAGUCUCCCACAGGGGAUGCAUCCAGUCAAAGUAGUGGUCAGGGGUGACCACAGUUCAGCCGACUUUUACCUGUGUGUCCUUCCCCCUAAAACAGAGACAGUUGUAUUCAGUAUUGAUGGCUCCAUCACGGCCAGUAUGUCAAUUUCGGGGAAGGAUCCAAAAGUUAGACCAGGGGUGGUGGAUGUUGUCAGACACUGGCAGGAGCAUGGCUACCUGAUCCUGUACGUAACAGCUCGCCCAGACGUGCAACAUGAAAAGGUUGUCUCCUGGCUUGCAAUGCAUAACUUUCCCCAUGGAAUGGUAGUAUUUAUGGAUGGUCUGUCAAAGGAACCUUUGAAACUAGCUUACCUCAAAUCCCUCCAAUCCGAGGCUCAGCUGCUGUUUAAGGCAGGUUAUUGCUCAAACAAGGAUAUCUAUGUGUACAAGGAGCUAGGCCUCACUCCUCAAGAGAUAUAUAUAGUGGGAAAGUCCUCCGAGAAACACAUGGCCCAUGCUCAGGUCCUGAGUGAGGGAUACGCCGCCCACCUGAGUGACCUUCGUGCACCGGGAACCACCAGACAGGCAGUUGGCAAUGCCAGACUCUUCAUCCAGAAGGGAAUUUUUACCAAGACAUUCAAGUCGGAAGGUAAAAAAUCUGUGAAGAGGGUAUCUUCUAACCCGACCCGAGCAGGAGAUUUUGUAAAUAAACAUGAUAGAUAUUUACAUACAACAAUAUCAGUAGCGCCAGAGGGACACACCAUCAUACAGCAAGGUGGGACCACCAGUACCAGAACACGAAAUGACACUUAA